UUCAGGGCCAGGUCGUGGAGGAGGACGGGACUGGGAGGAGAGAGGAAGACGAGAUGGCGGAGAUGUAUUUAGAGAUGGUUGGGAUGCUAGUCGAGACGGCAGAGGAAGUUUUGGUGUAUUCAGAGAGGAUGGUGGAAGGGAGUUUGGUGGAGGUAGAGAUGAUAGAAGGGGUGGAGGAAGAGGAGAAAGACUUUUACCACAUCUUGGAGGAGGAGGAGAGGGAGGUAAAUCUGCUCUUCUUCCUGAUCCGGACAUAAGGGACAGGUCCCAGCAGAAAGCACCAGGAUUUCGUGAUGAGUUGGGUGGAAAAGAAGGAGGAGAGAAACGUGACUGGAAACAGAGAGAGGGUUCCACAGAAACACUAUCCAAGAGAAAUUCUAAAGAGAAAGACGGCAGAAGUGGAAAAGAUGAGGGCAGCUCCGAAAGCAAGCUGCCGAGAAGUGGCACCAAAUUUACAGCUGAACCCUCAUCCAGAGACAAGCCGUCUGAUAGAGAUGCAAAAUCUAAAAACGUUGACAAGUCUGGCGGGGGCAGCAAGCAGAGUGUCGUCAUGAAAGUGGUUAAAGUAGAAUCUGGAAAAGAGGAGUCCCCCCUUGCCAGGGAUGAGCCAUCACUUGCCACAUUGUUCUCACAAACUGAAACUGUGGUCAGCAAGAAAAAGCCCACCAAAAGUUUUGGGGGUAAGAAGAGCCCCAAGAAAACGGAAGAAUCUAAAAGUUCUGAUAAGGCCAAACCUGUCAUUGGAGGCAGGCUUGCAGGCAGGGGACUGAGGGCUCCAGACAAAAAAGUAACGACCUCCAAAGUCAGUGAAACCAGUAGGGGGAAAGAAUCGGUCAAGGAUAAAGAUGAUAAGUCUGGGAAAAAAGAUGAACCUGGAAAGUAAGUUUUAGAUAUGUAAAAUUAUUUGUUAAUUAAAUUUGUUGUAAUCAAAAUUCUGCUUGAGAAGUAGUUCAUGUUUGAUUAAGCUGACAAAUUGUGAAUAAAAUUGACCUCUCUUGUGCAGCUGACCCUUGUUACAGUAUUUAAAAAAAACAUGAUCUAAGGUAAUAAUAAUUUUUGUAAAGGAUUUUAUUGGAUUAUUUCAUGUUCAGAUAUUAUCCUCAUGGGGCUUAAACAUUUAGGUAAUGUAUCUUUUAUAUAAAAGACCAAUAAUCAGCAGCAGGACGAUUAAAUAAAUUUUGAGAGCCAAAUUUCUUUUCAAGAACUAUGUUUUUUGGAGUCAAAACUGACUGAUCUAGACAAUGGCCCCCCUAAUUUAUUGCUUGCAAAUGUAUGACACCAAUGUUUGGCAAUAAUUUAAUAGAUUUAAUUUAAAGUUGUAUUUUAGUCAAUAAACUAUCCUCAUGUUUACUCAAAAUAUACCAAGUUAACUAGUGAUCUAAAUUUUGUGAGCAUUUCUGUCUAAGCAUGUGUGUCUUUGCUGAUGGUAUCACACUUGAGCUGACAUUUUAUUUAAAUUUUUUGAAUAAUUUUGGUUAUUUUAGGAUGCUAGCUUGAUACACCACUAUAGUAAAUUGAUGAAAAUAUCAAUGACAAAAAUUGAAUGGAUAUAAUCUGACAAUGAAAUUUUCAAUUUCAGAGAAAAACCCUCUAGAACUCCUUCACCAAAAGGUUCUCAAAAAAGUGGAGACUCACGUCACUCACAAACCAAAUCUUCAAAAAGGUCUUCAAAAUCUCCCGAGUUGAAACGAGCUUCUGCAAGGUCCCCUACAGUCAGUAAACGUGUGAUUGACACUGCCAAGUCUCCUGGAAAGUCUUCCCACUCGCCAGCUCCAUCUGCUGGGAGGGAUAAAGAAAAAGAAAGAGACCAAGAUCGCACCAAAUCUCUUUCCCCCAGCAGAGACAGGAGGAGGCCUACUGACAGCAGGAGAUAUGAGGUACAGUUUGACCUACUGCAGCCCAGUGCAUUUUGGUACUUUUAGAAGCUGGAUACAAAAAAAAAAUUUAAUGACAGUUCAAAUUACAGGAUAAAAUAAUGACAGUGAUGGUUCUCAUUUUUAGAUACAAAUUUUGACCAUUCAUAGUUCAAUAUUGUACCGGAACUGUUAAUUUUGAAUUCCAGAAAAUAAUUAAAGAAAUACUCUUAACGUCAUGUCAUCCAUUUGUACAUAAUAUAUUCUCAUAUUUGUCAUUCAUUUUUUUAAUGACAGAAAAGUAAAACAAAUGAGAGGGUAAAGAAAAGGGAGAGGUCAAGGUCUCACACUCGAUCAGACUCAGAGUCAAGGCGGAGCAGUCACAGUGGCGGUCUUGAUGAGAAGCGUAGAAGGAAAUCUUCAGACAGCGGUCAGUCAAAAUAUUCUUCACAUAUAAACUUAAUUUAGCGCCAAUCUUUUUAUCCUUGUAAAGUCUAAGUGGAUGUGGAAUAAUUUUAAAAUAACUGAUAGCUCAAAACUAAGCGUCUAUCAGGCAUGUGUGCUUAGUACACUCCUAUAUGAUAGUGAAGUGUGGACCACAUAUAUCAGUCAUGAGUGGAAACUAAACAGCGUCUAUCAAAGAUGUCUGCGUCGUAUUUUAAGCAUUCGAUGGCAGGACAGGGUUCCUAACACAGAGGUCUUGGAGCGUGCAAAAAUGUGUAGCAUAUUCUCCGCUCUUAGAAAGAGGGCUCUUCGCUGGUUAGGCCAUGUAAGGAGAAUGGAGGAAGGCCAUAUUCCAAAGAAGCUGAUGUAUGGAGGGUUGGCAGAAUGGGAGAAGACUUAUUGGACAUCCACGCAUGAGAUUUAUAAGCAUUUUCAAAAUGACCAUGAGGGAAGCGAACAUAGAAAUCAACGAAUGGGAGAUCAUUGCUGAGCAAGGUUCCAGCUGGCGAACAGCUGUGUAUGAAUGAGUCAAAAAUGCAGAAGAUGCGCAAAACGAAGCCCUUGCACCAAAAAGAACAAAACGGAAGACCAACUCUAACCAGGCGUCAAGAUUCUCAAGAAAUGCCCCCGAGACUGCCAUUCCAGUAUCGGCCUUGUGAGCCAUUUGUUGAAGUGUUCAUAGCAACUCAAUCGUCUUGCAAAGACGGAAGGAUACCAUAUAAAGUCUAAAAAAGUUAUAACACAAGUAGUAAGUUGGUAGCAAUUUAAUUUCAUAUUUUCAUAAGACAAAUAGAAGAAUUCAAAAAUAAAUUUUAUUUAAAAUAUAUAAAUUUUAUUAUAAUACAUUCCUAUUUUUUUUAAAGCUCGAGCCCAAAAUUGUAUUUCUUUAUUGGCAGCUAAUGCCUGUCUAUACUAGACAGAUCCAGACAUUCUGAUGAAUGAUUAUUGACGUCUGUUCAUUGUUAACUAUUGAUAGGAUUAAACAACUAUAAAUGGCAUUCAUAAGGUUUUAACAAGGGCUGAAAGUUGUUAAAAAACACAUGCAUGGUAGAAGUAAAGGCAAUGGACUAGUUAGGUGGGAUCAUUGGGAAAAGUUGAGGAAAUAACGACAGCAUAGACUAGAUUACGAACACUUAUUGUUUAACUAGAAGGGGAGAUUAUUGAGGAAUUCACACGCCCCUGGGGUCAUGUGGCUAUAAAGUGUUGAAGCAGGAGUUGGUAAAAUAUUUUCAAAUUGAAUUGUGAUAAUGUAUGAUUUAAUAAAGUGAAUUAGGCAUACCAUUAAAGGCAUAGAUUAUUUUUUUAUUACUAGAAUCUUUGCCAGCCAAACUUGAAGGAGGGGACAUUGCUGCAGCCAUGUUGGGAGAUGGACUUGGUGAGUGAUGUUAAACUGACCAUUUUUACACUGUCAUAUCUUUUAUUAUUUAGCUUUUUAUUUACAAACUUUUUGCUUAUUUUUCCACAUACGUCAUUAGCAAUAAUAGCGUAUGCAGAAAUUUUUGUGAAAGAAAUUUCUUAAAAGAAAAAUUGUGGUGGCUAUUUGCUAGAACGAAAACUUUAGCGAAAUAUUUCUUCAAAAUUAAAUUUGUUAAAUGGAAUUUUUUUUUUUAAUUCUUAAAUGGAAGAUGCGAGUGAGACCUGGGGAAAAUGUAAACUUUUUAAAUAAAAUUUUUGUGCUUGGUCGUUUCACCUUAUUUCAUUUAUUUUCAAACAAACUUCCAUCAAAUAAUUUUCCGUUAAACAAGUUUCUUUCAUACUAAUUUCCAGUAAACUAAUAACGGUGUUAUGUAAUGGCCAAUUUUAAGGCAGUUUAAUCUUAUUAUCUUGUUAUUUAAUUUUAUUGUUAAUGAAAUAUGCCCCUGUUAUGUAAAAAAAAAAAAAGCUUCACUAUAUGAUUUAGUUUAGAAACUGUUUUUUUUUCUUUUUUAAAUCUAGCUAUCAGUGAUAUGAGAAAUGUAAUGGUAGACAUUCCUAAACACCCUCUUAGCUCUAGAUGUUAUUGAUAUGAGAAAUGUAAUGGUAGGCAUUCCUAAACACCCUCUUAGCUCUAGAUGUUAGUGAUAUGAGAAAUGUAAUGGUAGACAUUCCUAGACACCCUCUUAGCUCUAGAUGUUAGUGAUAUGAGAAAUGUAAUGGUAGACAUUCCUAGACACCCUCUUAGCUCUAGAUGUCAGUGAUAUGAGAAAUGUAAUGGUAGCCAUUCCUAAACACCCUCUUAGCUCUAGAUGUUAGUGAUAUGAGAAAUGUAAUGGUAGACAUUCCUAGACACCCUCUUAGCUCUAGAUGUUAGUGAUAUGAGAAAUGUAAUGGUAGACAUUCCUAGACACCCUCUUAGCUCUAGAUGUCAGUGAUAUGAGAAAUGUAAUGGUAGCCAUUCCUAAACACCCUCUUAGCUCUAGAUGUUAGUGAUAUGAGAAAUGUAAUGGUAGACAUUCCUAAACACCCUCUUAGCUCUAGAUGUUAGUGAUAUGAGAAAUGUAAUGGUAGACAUUCCUAAACACCCUCUUAGCUCUAGAUGUUAGUGAUAUGAGAAAUGUAAUGGUAGACAUUCCUAGACACCCUCUUAGCUCUAGAUGUUAGUGAUAUGAGAAAUGUAAUGGUAGACAUUCCUAAACACCCUCUUAGCUCUAGAUGUUAGUGAUAUGAGAAAUGUAAUGGUAGACAUUCCUAGACACCCUCUUAGCUCUAGAUGUUAGUGAUAUGAGAAAUGUAAUGGUAGACAUUCCUAGACACCCUCUUAGCUCUAGAUGUCAGUGAUAUGAGAAAUGUAAUGGUAGCCAUUCCUAAACACCCUCUUAGCUCUAGAUGUUAGUGAUAUGAGAAAUGUAAUGGUAGACAUUCCUAGACACCCUCUUAGCUCUAGAUGUUAGUGAUAUGAGAAAUGUAAUGAUAGACAUUCCUAAACACCCUCUUAGCUCUAGAUGUUAGUGAUAUGAGAAAUGUAAUGAUAGACAUUCCUAGACACCCUCUUAGCUCUAGAUGUUAGUGAUAUGAGAAAUGUAAUGGUAGACAUUCCUAGACACUCUCUUAGAUCUAGAUGUUAGUUAUAUUGGAAAUGUAAUGGUAGACAUUCCUAGACACCCUCUUAGCUCUACAUGUUAGUGAUUUGAGAAAUGUAAUGGUAGACAUUCCUAGACACCCUCUUAGCUCUAGAUGUUAGUGAUAUGGGAAAUGUAAUGAUAGACAUUCCUAGACACCCUCUUAGCUCUAGCUAUUAGUGAUAUGAGAAAUGUAAUGGUAGACAUUCCUAGACACCCUCUUAGCUCUACAUGUUAGUGAUAUGAGAAAAGUAAUUGUAGACAUUCCUAGACACCCUUUUAGCUCUAGAUGUGCCCAAAAAAUGUGUAGUAAUCAAAACUAGAUUUUAAAAUUUCUCUAAGCACAUAAAUACAAUCUGGAAUGUUCAUUGUAUGAAAUAAUGAUAGAAAAUUGUAUUGGUAACUUUUUAAGUCAAAGCUAGCUGCACUAUUUAACCUUUCUUUUACUUUAUUAUUUGAUUAUUGACAUUUUGUGUUUUUUUUUGCUUUAUGACUAAUUAGAAAAUUUGGUUUCUUUCCUGAAACAAGAUGAUGGCCAACAAGAUGUGUUCAGUGACUGGUCAGAGGAUGAUGAUGCAGAUAACAUUCUCAUUGAUGGCAAGUCUAAAAAGGUUAGAACUGUUUCUUAAUGUGUGCUCAUAUUUGUCAUAAGUUAGCUGUAACAGCUUUGAGAAAUCCCGUUUUCAAACAUUCCUCAUAUUUUGGUGUGACUGUUUUAAAGCUGUUGAAAAAGUCUGGGCACGGCUAUUUAUACAUAGUUUUUGCAGUCAGACACUAUAGAUCUCAAGUUUAAAACAGUCUGACACCAUGGAUCUCAAGUUUAAAACAUUGAUUAUUGUGAUGGUUCAUUAAUUUUCCUCAUGAUUGAUCAUUGUGAUGGUUCAUUAAUUUUCCUCAUGAUUGAUCAUUGUGAUGGUUCAUUAAUUUUCCUCAUGAUUGAUCAUUGUGAUGGUUCAUUAAUUUUUUCCUCAUGAAUGAUUAUUGUGAUGGUCAUUAAUUUUCCUCAUUAAUGAUUAUUGUGAUGAUUCAUUCAUUUUUUUUGUUGAUUGAUUAUUGUGACGUUCUGUGCAUUGAUUCUCCUCGUUAUUGGAAAACUCCUUUGGUCAUUGUCCUCCUAGCAUCAAGUUGAAGACCUUGACCACCAGCCAGAGUUUCCCAGGAACAGGCGAAGCCCAGCCGCGACAGGAAGAUAUGGAGAGAUGAGGGACAUUCGGCAGGACCAAGACUCAAGGAACAUUGUGGAGGCCUUACAAGAAAAGUAUGAUGGCAGUCUGUCGCCAACUCUGUUGUUAAAUUUAUCAAUGGCUAUGUUGUUUUUCUCUUUAGUUAACCAACUUCCCUCAAUCCUAAUGUCAGUAAUGAUUUUACUUAAGGAAACAAAUAUUAUUAUCAUAAACUUUUUUAUUUUAUACUUCAGAGUUUUGUAAGUUUAAUCAUAUUUUUUUCCAAUUUAAUGAUACAAAAAUGUUCUUAUCUUGUUAUUCUUAAGGCCAUAUAUACAUUUGCUCUUUUCUUUUUUUUAUUUAAAAACAACAAUGUUUCAGAUUAUGUAGCAAAUGCAGUGCUCAUUUUUCAUUCAUUUGGCCAAAUAAGUCUCAUCGUAGCUUUGUUAUUAUUAGUUUAAGGAACAACAAAAAACUAAAACAAGGAUUUUGACGACUGAAAAAAAUAUGCACAAUAAAUGGAAAAAAACAACAACAAAAAACGUUUAUUUGGAGCACUAAAAGUAUCUUAUCUUAAGGAGACUUUUAGUAAUACCAAUUGUGUGAGCCACAGGAUCAGGAAAGGGAGUUUGCCAAUGGCCAACAUAAAACACUGUUUCAAACCGUUUGAAAUGUAUCACUGAUUUCCUUUACUCAUAGUCAUUUUCACCAUAAAUAUUGACAAUUAAAUGAAUUAAUAUGUAAACUAUUCUUCUACAGACCUGUUCUAGAAAAGAACAUUCCAUAUUUGAAAAUCGUUGAAGACAUACAAAAAGAGAAGCCGAUUAAGGAGAAGAGAAAGCGAAACACUGAUGACGAGGGCUACGAGGAAAUCUCGUCUGACGAGAAUGACCUUGAUGAGGAGGGUGAACGACUGACAAAGCGUACCAUCGUCGGGAUACUGGACAUUGACAUGGCGAGCCUGUUGCCGGCCAUUAAACCAGAUACUUCGAGUGCCCCUGUGUUCCAGAGGUUCCAAGCUGCCAGUUUGUUUGCAGAAAUGGGGCUGUCGCAGACUUACGCUGGGGAGAAGUUGUAUCAGGAAGUUCAGGUCAUCUGUCAAAAACAGCUGGAAGACCUUGCAGCUCUUGAGAAACCUUCAGGUGUAUAUACCUUUUUUUUUAUAAUUGCCAAUGGAUUUGUAGGAGGAAAAAAUGUUAAAACUCGCUAUGUUAUGAAAUUAAAUUUUUAAAAAUUUAUAAAUGGUUUGUAUAUGGGACUUUUAGAAAUAAUUUAGUUAGAGUAAUGUAAGGUUAUAAGUUUUGAUCUUUCUCCCCAGAAUUGAAAGAAGAAGCAAAAGCAGAUAACUCUCCUGAUCAACAAACAACUUCUCCAAAUAGCACAAGCUCACAGGAAGACAAAAUAGCCAAUGUUGAAGUUCGGUCCACUUCUGCGGACACACUCAAAGUUGAAGUGCCUUCCAUUGACACUAAACCCUUGAUCUCAACCAGUGAGGUGACAGCUCCGUCCAAGCCACUGACCACUUCCUCCCAUAAGUCCUUAUCUAAACGGACGGACAUCACCAAACCUGUCAGGACACCGUCUCUGACACAAGCUCAGAAACCUGAGUUUAAGCUGUACAGCGGCACUUCAGCCUAUCACAAACUCUAUAAAGCUAAAGCCUUGGAGAGGUCGGGGCUACUGGCCAACUUUGGGCUAUUCAGGCGAGCUUUGACUGCGAGAAAAGAUCUGGAGAUCCGUAGACAGUUGUGUAGGAUUGAUCCAGUAAGUUGUUGCUUCUUUAUGUAA